GACGUGUGAAUAUGGACCGAGGGGAAAGAGAUGUGAAGGCCGGUCUGAUUGGAGGGCCGAAGCGUAAAGAUGCCACGAGGGGAAAGGCGAGUCCUCUCAGACUCACACCAGCAAAAAAAAGAGUUCAGCAGCAAAAGUGCACAGAGGAGUGGUCUAAAGUGGUGGAAGAGCCGGUCUCUAUCUCCCCGGAGCUAAGCACCUGGAUCAAAGACAACGCCGUUAAACUAAAGAUUCUGCAGACAGACCGCCGCUGGGCUGCAGAGGUGGUCAACGAUUUCCGAGACAACCUGGUGAAAUUCUUGCGGAACAGCAGUAGUCACCCUUUCUUCCAGUCAGCUGACUUCCUCACCACCGGCAGCUACUUUGAGAGAGUGAAGAUCCACAGCCCGGAUGAGUUCGACAUGAUGCUGAAGCUUCAGGCUCCAUCACACUUAAACAUGAAGGCGCUCGACGAAGGCCUCUUCUACCAGAUCAUUCUUGCCCGGCCAACUCGGCACCCCAUACAAACUUUUCUCCUGGAGAACGAGUGCACCCUCUCAUCCAGCAAGAUCCUGAGUGAGACGUUUCGCCUGGUCCGCAAGUUCCUCAAUAACUACAAAGUGCCAGAGGAAGGCUGUCGCUGGGAGGUGAACAGGAAGAAACCCAGCUCACCGGCUGUGACUUUGUCUCUGUUCAGGAAUGACGUGUACGGCAACGAGUUGAUCUCGUUGGACCUGGUUCCUGCUCUGGAGGUUCACCCCUCUCAGGGCUGGCCUCUCAUAGUCCGUAGUGGCCCUGAUGUGGAUAACUGGCUGGGAGAGAUCACAAGUUUACCGUGUUACUUCGUACCAAAGAGGAUGAAGGGGAGAAACCUCAGCGAGGAAGCCAAAGAAAGUUGGAGGAUUUCUUUCUCUCACGUUGAGAAGAAAAUCAUCACGAGCCAUGGCAACAAGAAAACCUGCUGUGAGGGCAAAGCCAACAGAUGCUGCCGUAAAAGGUGUUUGAUGCUGCUCAAGUCUCUGAUUGAAGGUCUGAAACAGCGUUUCCCCAAAGAGCUGGAUCCCCUCUGCUCAUAUCACGGGAAGACUGCCUUCCUUCACAUGUUGUCCAACAGGUUCGACGACUCGAUGUGGGCUCCCCAGCAGCUCCCUGCCUGCUUCCUGCAACUCCUCAGGGCUCUGGAGGCCCACGUUUGCGCAGGAGUCCUCCCUCACUUCUUCGCUCCCAACUACAACCUCUUCUCCAGUGCUGUCUUCCCCCGCAAAGCACUGUCUUUCCUCCUCCACGCUUUGGAGGAGCAGAGGAGGGAAGGCUUGCCACUGCUGAAGCCUUCUGCUCCUGUCUCACCGCUCUGCAACUUUGUGAAAGGGAUAGAGGAUGAAAGGUUGUCACUUCCUACCUCACCUGCUGACUCCCCCUCUUCACUUUCCACUUCUUUGUCUUCCAUUCUAACACCCUCUUCCCCCCGCUCUGCCAAUAAUUUGGUGAGGAGAGAUUGGAGAGAAUCUGAACCUUGUAGCCUCACUACUCGGGACCCUCAGGUCUCUGUUCAUGGUCCUCUCUGCUUCUCUGAUACAUCCACUGAUAAGCCAAUCAUUCUGACUGCAUUGUCCUCUCUGGAGACUGCAUUGAUGAAAAAACUAGUCCUAGUGUUUGUGGCAGUAUUGUUGUCCUAUUUUAUAUUUAAGUUAUAGAAGAAAUGGGGAUUCACACUGAACAUAUAAAGCAUCAAAGAAACUCCUCCCUCUUUAGCCUAUAAAUUGAUGGAAAACAGGGAAUUAAGGUUUUCAUUACGGGAGGUAUUCCUUAUUGAUUCUAAUAAAAUGAUCAAUGAUUGGAUAAUAUCAUAUUUAUUGAAUCAUAUGAAGUUUGUUGCAAAUAGACUUGGGUUCUGCUCAUUUACAGGUUGAU